GAGGACUUUUGGGGGAUUUAGGCGAGACAUGCCAAGGCCACCUAGGACAAAAUGACCAGUCCACAACUUAGAUUUGACCUUCGAUUCCUCAAGAACUUCAUUCACCCGGAGAACUUGGGUACGUGUGGUCCUCAUUGACUUCACAUCGUGAUUUCGUUUGAUCAGGAAGUUUUCGUAUCAAAAUUCUCUUCUCCAGAGGAAUCGUGUUGUGGUUUUCCCAUCUAAAAAGACUUCAUCUGUUUCCAAGAUGUCCAUAAAUGGUGAUUCGUACGAGGAGCCUGACAAUUCGACCCUGGAAGGGUGCCUUAGAAUGAUGCGUUUCGCCUUCCUAGAAUUCGCGAAGAUCCACAACACCGAAGUCAUCACGAACCAAGUGCCGAACUUCUACGAAACCUACCUCCCGAGAUACCUGUUGUGGGAAGGUCCACGUGUGAACGUCAAAAACUUGUUUGUGAAUGAUUUCUGCCAACGGCACGGCAACUGCGCUCCCGUCAAGCAAGGCAGUCCGAACAGGGCCUUCGUCAUCUACGGCUCGAAGGGAAUUGGAAAGUCUGCCCUGCUCAAUUACCUUCUUUACCAGUGGAUAUUAGACGAGGCGGAGGAUGUGAGAAACAUUAAAGAUUUCAGCUUGGUCUUGCUCAUCGAUGCCAAGAGCGUGACUUCCGAUUCGCCGUCGAAGAUACUCUGCAAGAAGCUCGAGUUCGAUUACUUCCCAAAACACAUGAGCACGGAGGGGAUCUACCUGGGACUGAAGGCUGCCAAGAUACUCUGGCUCGUGGACGGCUUCCAUGAGGCUAAGCCCGCCGCCAAAAGCUUCAUCCGUAACAUCCUGACGCGCUUCAAGUCCUCCCAGAUGGUGAUAACCAGUGACGUGUCGCACGAAAAGGAGAUCAAGAGGCUCAUGGCUCUGUCGCGGGUGAAGUACGUCCGGUUAAGGCUGAAUCCACUAACGCUUGACAACUGGGAGUUGAUGGUGCCACGGCUGCUGAGCGCUAAGACGCGCAACGCCGCCAUGAUUAGGGAACUCGGCGACAAGUUUAUUCUCCGCACUAGGGCAACGCCAAUACUGCAUCCUUACGACCUAGGGGUCGCCAUCAACACCUGGCUUAAAAUUUAUUACCCUUACUUACGCAAAAAGAGAAAAAUAUGAGAAUGAAAAUCAGACUACUCAUUUUUAUUUUAGUCGUAUUUUCAAUUAGAAGUCAGAUGUGCCUAGUACAAAAGAACAAAAAGAAAGAAAAAACCCAAGAUUGCUUAUACCAAGCUGAAAUACUAAUUUCCUAUUGUAAAAAAUUCUUUUUGUCUUGCAACGUUAUUUUCGUUUAUAUUAUUUACCCUAAAAGUUAAUCUGAUUUAUAGCUCCUGUUUUACAACAAUUCUCUUAAUUUAUAUAAACUGAUGUAUACUAUGUGUGUGACUGCCGACUAAAGUUUCUUAUAUGUACGCAUAUAUAUUUAUUUUUACUAUCUUUAAAUUAUUUUAAACUGCUGAAGAUUAGAAAUAAGAUAUGACCAAGAGGCUUUUAAGUCUCGAGUUUAAAAUUUUUUUAUAUAUGCAUAACUUUUUUUUUAUAUAUAUGAUGUGCCUGUCUGUACAUAACACAGCUGAAAAUAUUGUAAAAAAAUGAGAUGUAAUAUUUCUAAUAAAUCAUAUUUUGGUAAUUGUAA